GGGAAACAACUCACCAUCUCCUGUCAAAAACAAAAUAAGCUACAAACUAUAUUUUUACGGCUUAAUUAAUGGAAUUAUCAAAAGAUUUUGAUGGAAAUGCGUUUACAGUUGACGAUGACAAAGAUGACUUAAUUUCUCCUGAUGAAGGACCAGUUAUUGGUAAAGGUGGUCAUGUGAUCGAAGCAAGGGGAAGUGUUGACUUACAGAAAUCCAAAGGAGAGACAUCUCCCCUUUCACAUAACAAGAAAGGGUCAGCUUCAGGAAAAGAUUUACAAACGUCCCAUGGAUUGAAGGUUAUAGUUGGAGUAGCAAUAGGAUUCUCUGUACUGGUUACCAUAGCGCUGCUCCUUACCAUCUAUCUAGGUCAUGGACAGGUUGGGGCUUCAGGUGCUGUAGCAGCAGAUGUCCCAGAAUGUUCAGUUAUGGGGUUGACUAUACUAGAACAGGGAGGCAAUGCUGUGGAUGCUGCUGUCUCAACAAUGUUUUGUGUGGGUGUGGUCAAUGCACAGAGUUCUGGGAUAGGAGGUGGAGGUUUCAUGAUGGUUCAUGAUCAUAAAACAAAUGAAGCUAAAGUCUACGAUUUUAGAGAAGUUGCUCCAAAAGCUGCCACAAAGACAAUGUUUGGUGGUGAUUCAGCCAAAACAUUAAAGGGAGGUCUGUCUGUUGCUGUGCCUGGAGAGCUUAAAGGAAUGGAACUGGCACAUAAAAAAUAUGGAAAGUUACCAUGGAGUUCUGUAGUAAAACCAGCUGCAAAUUUAGCCAGAAAUGGAUACAAGGUUACCAUGGCAAUGGCAACAGAUUUUAAAACAGGAAAGGUCAAAAUAAGUGAUUUCCAAGGUCAGCUUGGUAACAUCUACCUAACAAGUGAUGGACAGUUUGUAAAGGAAGGGACGAAGAUCAAAAACAUAAAGUUAUCUGAUACUCUAGACAUCAUUGCAGCUAAAGGCAGCGAUGCAUUCUAUGAGGGAGAACUAGUACAGAGUAUUGUUAAUGCUGUAACAAAUGCAGGAGGCAUAUUGACAGCGGAUGACCUGAAGGAUUAUGAGGUAGUAGUUAGAGAUGUUGUCAAGACAACAUAUAAAGAUCAGACAUUGAUAUCAGUACCAGCUCCAGGGGGUGGACCAGUAAUAUUAUCUAUCAUGAACAUAUUGGAAGGGUAUAACUUCAAAUCAGGCGAUAAAAACCAAACUAAGACAGUACACAGAAUGUUAGAGGUUUGUUCAUUUAAAUAA